AUGCAUGAAUUAUUUGGAAACAAAGCAUCAUCAUCUUCAUCUUCUGCGAUUCCUCCAAACUUUCUUCACUUUCUUAAUAAAAAGAAAGUGAGAAUCCUCUUCUCUAGCAAUGGACUGCUUCUAUGUAAAAUCACAAGACAGAGAAAACCACAAGAAGUGGAAUUAUUUAUUUGUAACCCCACAACACAAACAUACUCCUCCAUUGCUACACCACCUGGUUUGUUAGAAAAUCCUCAUCGUCUAUCCUUUGCCUUUGGAUGCAACCAUAAUAAUAAAGGAGUUGAUGAUAAUGGGGAGUAUCAGUUAAUUCUAUUGGAAUAUAAUGAAGACCAAGAAGGAUCAGAGUAUUUUGUUUGUAAAGAUUACAUGCCGAAAGAAGGUGUGUGGAAAGAGAGAGAGAAAAGCUCAUUUAUGGGUCAAAAGUUAUAUUAUCAUGGUGCUCCAUUUAAAAAGUACAUAUUAACAUACAAUUUUGAGAGUGGUGAGACAAGAAGGGUUCUUUAUCCGAAAGAAGUUGUUCAAAAUGGGUUUGAUGGAAGAAAGUUCUUCAAGUGGGACAAAGUUAGAGGAUCAAAUAUGGAUAUGGAUGAGAUAUGUUUGGUGGUUUUGGAAAUGGAUGAUCUUGUCUUCACUUUCUGGCUUUUGACUGAUCAUAAAUCGUCUUCUUGGUCAAAGUUUUUGACAUUGAAUUUGAAAGAAAUGGGGUUGGAUAGGUUUUCCUUGAUCUAUGAAUUUGCAAUAUUGAAUGGGAAUUCUUUUGUUUUUGCUACAACAGGAUAUGUGUAUAGGUAUGAUCUAAUUGGUGGAAGAGAGAAAAAACUUGAAAGAAUUUGUGAACACAAUGGCGAACAUAGUUUGAGAUUGGAAUUCAUCUCUUAUUCUAAUACUCUUUGUUCAUGUGGAGCUGAUGCCAAAGGCUUGCCCUCCUUCCUGUCAAGAAAAAGAAGGAGGAAUUAA